AUGGGACGCUUCGGCAGUGCAUGCCUCCUGCUUGCCACGAGUGCAGUGUGUGCAGAGGUGCCCUGGAAGGCCUGGCUGCAGAGCUUCGGCCAUGACUCCUUCAGGUAUCCAGCCUGGAUCAAGGAGCAGAAGGAGGCAUGUCACUGCCGGAUUCAUGAUCGCCUGCACGUGCAGUGCUGGGGCAAAGAGGGCAAUGCCAUGAUGUGGCAGACGGCCCGAGAGCUGGACUGGUGUGUGGCAAGGCAGUUCCUCCUGAGCCACAUGCCUGAGUUUGACUUGCACUUCCUCCCAGGCUCCGUGUCCGUGGACGGCGAGUCCAUGCUGGAUGACAACAUUGCUUUUGCCCUGAUGGCCUGGAACGCCUCGAAUCUGAACCCGAGGCCUCCUAUGGCUGUGGUUCUUCCAUACUUACUCCCAUAUGCCAGCUACCACGAAGCUCGGUCCAACUGGCGUCCGCUGUUCUUCGCGAAGUACUUUGAAGCAGCUGCUGAGCUUCAGAGCAGCCAAGCGGUUGUCGAUGCAUUGAUCGCCGAUGGAGUUCGGUUAAUGAACUGGACGUCUUUCAAGUGGGCGGACUUCCCUGGAAAGUCUGAGAGCAACAUGUAUGAGCUGGGCCCAUUCGCAUCCGGGUCGACCCCUCCAGUGGUUGCCCCGGCGGACUUCCUGCUUUAUGGCUACGGCAGCUGCACGGCCUGGGCAAAGUUCCUCUCUUCAGCGCUGCGAGCGGUCGGAGUGCCAGCCAGGGAGGUCGGGUCGCCCUGCUGGAAUACCGGCAUCUUCACAGGCCUAGCAGAGUCCAACGUCAAUGUCUCCUUGUGUUGGCAGGGCGGAGUUUCUGGUGGACCAGUCGGUGGGAAGUAUCUCAACAACCACAACUGGGUGGAGUACUGGGAUAACACGGCGCACACUUGGCGCUUCCUGGAUGUAGCCACAAGCUCUUCUUCCGAGACCACUUGGUUUUGUGGCAAGUUCCAGGAUGGAUGCAGCUGCACUAGCAAUGCCGGACUUGCGAUGCAGAUUAUCCUUUCUAGGCCAUACAUGGCACUUGCAAACCGUCCCUUCCAGCCAUAUGCUGCACAGUCGUUGGCUUCCGGCCCGUCCCUGGCCCUUGCCAGACGGGACAAUCGCGAAGCGAGCUCUUUGCAACUAGGCUGCGGGCGCAGGGGGCAAGCGGCCCUGCACCUGUGUUUGGCAGGGGUUGGAUGGCAAAGAGCUGGUGGGAAAGUGGGUUUGCGGCCACGUGCCUCAAAGCUCUCGCCGCACGGAUGCCCACGUAAGGCCUCGGCCGCGCCGGCCAUGGAGGUCGAUGGGCACAUAGUUUCGCCGUUGACAGGGAGCCCACAUCUCUACACGUUGAUCUACCUGCAUGGCCUCGGAGGAACUGGCGGUAGCUACGUCUCUGCAGACAGCGAGCUGGAGCUGCCCUGGCGAUUAGGCGAGUCUUAUGCACCUGGACUCCGUGCCGUGCUACCGAGCGCACCACACAUGGAGCAGCCAUGGGGUGAGGAGUUGGCUUCGUGGUACGUUUACCGAGCCGUGACCAGCAACGAGGUGGCAGAUGCCGAGAGCUUGGCAUCUGUUCGGCGGGCCUUGGAUGAGGUCAUCCGGAACGAAGUUCGCCGUCUUGACGGGGAUGGCCGGCGUGUUUUCCUUGGCGGCAUCUCCCAGGGAUGCAACAUAGCGCUCGAUGCAUACCUGCGGCUAGCGUCCACCUUAAACCUUGGUGGCUUUGCUGGCAGUGUCGGUUUCCUGCCCAGCGAUCGACAAGGCUUUCCUGGCUCCGAUAUGGCGCUGAGGACUCUGCUCGAAGACAAUCGUCAGGCGCUUCAGCCAGUGUGGCUACAAAGCGCGCCCGGGGACAUGGAUGAAGUGCCAUACGACCUUGUGCAGUCGUCGCUACUGCGGGCACGCAGUGGAUGGGCAGGUUUGCAUCUGCAGAACAUCGAAGGGGUGGGCCACGACAUCGGCCAGUUCGAGGCGAGCUUCCUGAACGAGUUCUUGCGGCAGCAUGCCAGUGACGCCUACUUCGAGGACCACGAGAUCCUCGCUCCAACCUGGAGCGCGGUUGGCGAUGAUCCAGAAGUACACGGCGGCCCCAUUCUCGAUGUCGCCAAAGAUCUCGUCCUCAGUUCAGGGGAGGCUGUGUCGCCCUUGGUUUGGUCGCCACGGCUCACCUCGCCGCUGGGAAUUCCCAUGAAGAAUGUCGGAUAUGACAGCCUGACCAUCAACUUCACCAAUGCGGGCUCUCUAACCCGUGCCAUCCGGCGCGGAAAGCAUGUGGAGCCGUUAUGCAAAAUCCUGCCUUCCUGUCGAAUGGUGCCUGUGAAGGCUGGGCUGCCCGAUGCCAUGAUGCGCCCCCGAUAUCCGUCCGAGCCCAGUCUCGGAUUGGAUGGCGGCAGGGCUCACGCGGCUCAAAUCCAGGACUCCUUGAAGAGGAGGACCUCCGACUCCGAGCUGUCGCAGAUCUCACGUGCAUCAUCCCAGGCUCACGAAGCCACGGCGCCUCUUCACUGGCCAUGUGCAGCGCCCUUUGAUCGGCCGAGUCGCAGCAGACGCAGUAAAGGUGCACGAAGACACCGCCGACUUGCGAGGGCCAUGGAAGCGGCAACCUUCAAGCUGCCAGCUUCGCAGGAGGUGGGCUGCCACGAGCCCCGAGCGCCGAUCCGCAAGGGCAACGAACUGGGACCGUACCUGAACCCAUUCUUGACUCGCUUCCACGACCGCCGUCCUGGGGGUGGCUUCUUUGCCGGCAGCGGCUUAGCCGCUGGCAAAGUGCUUCAGCUACAUGCUGAAACUGUAGGCACGGCCGAGCGUGAACAGAAUUUCGACCGGAUGACUCAGCUGUCCCUGGUGGUCAACCGGACCAACUUCUACCGCUGCCGCAAGUUGCCCAACUGGACGGUCUGA